AUGGAGCGUCGACGGGAGUUCGUUGGCGUUAAGUUUUUCCUCUUCACGGAGAAAGCUGCCGAGUGCAAGAUCCCGGAUUGUGACUACUCAUACGAACCAAUGUCUGGCUCCGAGCUCCACUCCAAGCCUCUAGUUGAUCACCUCAGGAGGAAACACCCUAAGGAGUACAAGGAAGCUGAAGAGGAGGCUGACGAGCAGAAAUCCUUGAAAAGGAAAUAUGAAAACAUCUCGAAUUACUCCCCAAGUGAUGAUGAAUCCAGUUCCAAGAGACCAAAGCGUGAAGUGAUUGAAAUUGAAAUGAGUAAAGAAAUGGUUCACAAAUUUGCAGUAGAAGCAGUGACUGUAAAUGGAUUACCCUUGUCAGUAUUUGAAAAGUCGGGAAUUUCAAACUUAAUAUCUCCUAUUUUGUGUAAACUAGGAAUAUCCCUGAACCAAAGGGUAACUCGAUCGUUGAUCCUCCAAGCUGCCGAGAAGAAAAUAGUAGAUCUAAAGACUGAGUUCCUUGACCGCUUGAUUUGUGUGAAAUAUAAUCUCAGCACUCGACGUGGACGUCACUUUCUCGGUGUUGAUUUUCAAGCCGUCAUCAACGGCAAAUUGAGAGUGGCUACAGCUGCAGUAAAGGAGAUGACGGAGGGAGCUACUGGUGCAGAGAUUCGGUCAAUCCUGGUUGCUUGUUUGCAGAAAUUAGGAAUCCAGGAGCACCAGAUCUACACACUGACCACUGACAACGGCUCCAAUGUUACCAAGGCGGGAAGGCUCAUGCUAGAGGAUGCUCAGGCCGUGGAGAACGAAGUAGACGAAAGUGAUGAAGAUGACCCUCAGGCCGUGGAGAACGAAGUAGGCGAAAGUGAUGAAGAUGACCCUCAGGCCGUGGAGAACGAAGUAGGCGAAAGUGAUGAAGAUGACCCUCAGGCCGUGGAGAACGAAGUAGGCGAAAGUGAUGAAGAUGAUCCUAUUCCCGAGGCCGAGGGUGACAGUGUUCCUGCUGUGUUGGAUGAAGAAGUCAAUAGUAUCAAAACAGCAGCUGAUAAUGUGUCAUCCGUACGGUGUGCUGUUCACACUCUACAGCUUAGUGUAAAAGACGUCAUUAACGCUAAUGAUGAAAUCAAGAAAUUGCUCGUUAAAGUACGAAAAGUUGUGAACAAGACGCGCACACACAACAUACGCCUGGUGUUUCGACAGGCUGGAGCAGCACUACCGAAAGUGGACUGUAAGAAUCGCUGGGAAACUACAUAUGAUAUGCUGGAGUGUGUGGUGAAGAGCAAGCCAUUUCUGUUGCAAAUUGGGCUUGCAAAAGAAUUGUUCCGGUUAUCAGAGAAGGACUGGGCUUAUAUUGAUAACCUGCUGUGCAGUUUAAAGCCACUACACAGCACUACAAUUGCACUUCAACUGAGCAAGCUAACGGCCGGAGAGUUCCUUUGUGAGUGGCUGAAGUGCAAGAUCAAGUUGCGCCAGCUGGCCAUAGUUGAUAGUGAGAGAUCCACCUCAGUGUCGGCGGCUUUCCUUCAAGCAAUGGAAGAGAGAGAGGUUAACAUCCUGAGCAACCCGGCCUUCCUCUCUGCUAUCUACAUGGACCCACGGUACCAAUGUCUUCUGAAGGAACCACAGAAAGUAGUGGCAAAGGCACAUCUCACCGCUCUGUGGAGAAGGCUGUCAAUCAUGAAUAUGAAUAGUGAUAUUAGUUGUGAAUCGGAAAAGAAUGAAGAAGACCCUCCAAGUGAUGACAGCCUCAUUGAGCAGCUACUGUGUGAGAGUGAUAGUACCACCCGGGCGAGUACUGCUACUAACGUGCAUGAAGCCUCAGUGAUGAUUAAAAGUUUUGACAGUACUCCAAGAGUAGAAAGAAAAGAGGACAUCUUUCAUUGGUGGCAUUGUCACCCACACACAGAGCUGAAGAGGCUGGCUGAAGCGGUCAUCGGGUUGCCAGUGAGUGCAGUGACACAAGCUAGUGCAGAUCGAACCUUUUCCGGCUUGCGAUAUAUAUUGCAAGAGCGUCGGCUGGGACACAAGGCAGACAUUAUUGAUGCUUUAAUGAUGUUGCGUUGCAACGCAUAAUAUGUAGUUUUUGAGGG